AUGAGCCAUCAAAUCAGCUAUAGCCAACAAUCUCAUAGGACCUCCAGUGGAGGACAACGCCAGGGAUUCAGCGGCCAAUCUGCUGUGGUCUCCAGCAAGAGCUGCAUCAGCUCUGGCAAGUCGACAUCCGCUUCCCGAUGUGGAGGAGGCAGGGGCAGCGGUGGCAGGAGCGCUUCCUCAGCCUGUGCCAUGAGGGGUUUGGGUUUUGGGAGUAGGAGCCUGUACUCGCUUGGGGGGAGCAAGAAGAUCUCCUACAGUGUGGCUGGGGGUAGCUACCAGGCAGGGGGCUUCAGUGGUGGCCGAAGUGGUGGCUUUGGGGGGAGUGGGUUUGGAGCUGGUGGCUUUGGAGGGGGAACUGGUAGUUUUGGAGGGGGAACUGGUAGUUUUGGAGGGGGAGCUGGUGGUUUUGGAGGGGGAGCUGGUGGUUUUAGAGGGGGAGCUGGUGGCUUUGGAGGGGGAGCUGGUGCUUUUGGUGGCCCUGGUGGCUUCGGUGGCCCUGGUGGUUUUGGUGGCUCCAGUGGUCCUGGUGGUUUCCCUGGCAUCCAUGAAGUGACUGUCAACCAGAGUCUCCUAAAGCCCCUCAAUGUGGAGAUUGACCCCCAAAUUGGGCAAGUGAAGAACCAAGAGAAGGAGCAGAUCAAGACCCUCAAUAACAAAUUUGCUGCCUUUAUUGACAAGGUCCGGUACUUAGAACAACAGAACCAAGUCCUAGAGACCAAGUGGCAGCUGCUGCAGGACCAUGGUUCCACCUCUAGCUCUGACACCCAGAACCUUGAUCCCUUCUUUGAGAACUACAUCAGCAGCCUCAGGUCCUACCUGGAUGGGCUGGUUAAUGAAAAAAACAAACUGAAUGGGGAGUUGUCCAGUAUGGAAGACUUGGUUGAAGACUUCAAGAAGAAGUAUGAAGAUGAGAUCAACAAACGCACUGCUGCUGAGAAUGACUUUGUGGUUCUUAAGAAGGAUGUAGAUGCUGCCUACAUGAACAAAGUAGAACUGGAAGCCAAAGUGAACAACGUGAUGGAUGAGAUUAACUUCCUAAAAGCCUUGUAUGAUGCAGAGCUGUCCCAGAUGCGGUCAGACACCAGCGACACCUCCGUGGUCCUGUCCAUGGACAACAACCGAUUCCUGGACUUGGAUAGCAUCAUCAAUGAAGUCCAAGCACAGUAUGAGGAUAUUGCCCAGAGGAGCAAGGUUGAGACUGUGGCCCUAUACCAGACGAAACUGGGAGAGCUGGAAAACACAGCUGGAAGGCAUGGGGAUGACCUGAAAAACAUCAAGAGUGAGAUCUCUGAGCUCAACAGGAUGAUCCAGAGGCUUCGAGCUGAAAUUGAGAAUGUCAAGAAGCAGAAUGCCAACCUUCAAGCAGCCAUUGAUGAUGCUGAGCAGCGUGGGGAGAUGGCUCUCAAGGAUGCUAAUGCCAAGGUGGUGGACCUCAACGCUGCCCUUCAGCAGGCCAAGGAUGACCUGGCCCGUCUACUUCAUGAUUAUCAGGAGCUCCUGACAGUCAAACUAGCCUUGGACAUAGAGAUCGCCACCUACAGGAAGCUGCUGGAGGGAGAGGAGUGCAGGAUGAGUGGAGAGUGCCCGAACACCGUGAGCAUCGACAUGGUCCACAGCAGCAGCAGGGGUGUGUCCACGGGAGGAGGAGCUGGAGGACAUGGCCGAAGUGGCACCAGUGGGGGAAGUUAUGGUACUGGGGGGACAGGCAGCAAGGGAAUGGGUAGUGUGGGCUAUGGUGGCAGUUCCAGUGGGGGCUUGAGCUCUGGUGGGAGCUGUAGCAUUGGAGCCCAGGCUAACCAAACUCUGCAUUAUGCUAUCCUCACCCCUACAUGGCUUCCAGUCCCCUUCUUGCUUCUGCCCCCUGCUCUGGCAUCCUUCAGCUGUUGA